UUAACAACAUUGCAAAUGAAUGAAAAUUCUGGAAAGUCUUACAAAAUAAAAAAACGAACAAUUACCUCGAUUGUAGUUUCAUCUAUUCAAGUAUCACAAUUCUUGCUACAAGAUGGAAAACGGUGACAUCAUGUUACAGUGUUACAACAAAGGUUGCGGUCAGAAAUUCGACCCAAGUCACAAUAGAGAAGAUUCUUGUUGUCAUCACCCUGGGGAACCUGUUUUCCACGACGCUUACAAGGGCUGGUCCUGCUGUAAUAAAAAAUGUACAGAUUUUACAGAAUUUUUAAAUAUAAAAGGGUGCACGAAAUCAAAACACUCAAACGUGAAGCCCCCCGAACCCGAGAAGCCCGUCAAGCAGGAAAUAGACAUAAACGAAGUAAUCGAAGUCAAACCCAUCGUGCCAACUGCUAAGGAACGACCCCCAUUUGAUACUCCAAUGACUAUUAUGGAACCUGAAAUUGCACCUUCUUUGAAACAGCAAGUUUUAAACAGUACAAAUACAAACACAUCUGAGAAAAAAUCCAACGAAAUUGCAGUUGGUACUACUUGUAAAAAUGGGGGUUGUGGUCAGACGUAUCAAGGCCCGGAAACAAACGCCACCACUUGUACUUUCCACCCUGGCGUCCCCAUUUUCCACGAGGGGAUGAAGUUCUGGUCCUGUUGCCAGAAACGCACCACUGAUUUUAACGCUUUUUUGAACCAAGUAGGCUGCCAAACCGGCCAACAUUUGUGGCUCAAGGAGAAUACGGACAACACAACCGUCCAAUGUCGCUGGGACUACCAUCAAACUGCCACUCACGUCGUCGUCUCGAUUUACGCGAAACAAUAUUGUGUUAAAAAGAGCGAAAUUAAAUUAAAUCCGAUUAGACUUUACGCGAAUUUGGUGUUUCCUCAACAAAACAAUGCCGUUUUCAAUUUGGAUAUCGAACUCCGAGGGAUUGUUGAUGUGGAAGCCAGUCAGGUUUCUAUGUAUGGGACGAAAGUCGAAAUUAAGUUGAAAAAAGCAGAACCUGGAAGUUGGUCCAAAUUGGAUAUACCUAGGAUAAGUGGGGAGAAACCUAAGCCUGUCACAGUCGCCGAGAUUACCCCACAGAUUGAUGCAGUCGAUCUUGAUGAUUUGUAAUUUUUGUAAUCAACUAUUUAAGAUUUUCUAUGAAUAUGUAUUUUUUCGCAAUAUUGACGAAAAUAUACGAUUUCGAAAA